AUGCCUCGAGCGGAAGUCGGUACACCGAAGUACCUUGCCAACAAGAUGAAGGCCAAGGGCCUCCAGCGGCUGCGCUGGUACUGCCAAGUCUGCCAGAAACAGUGCCGAGAUGAGAACGGCUUCAAGUGCCACACCCAGUCCGAGGCACACCUCCGACAAAUGCUCGUCGUCGGCGAGCAGGCCGGCAAGCACAUUGCCGACUUCUCUUCGGAGUUCCAACACGACUUCGUCCAGCUACUUUCUCGUCGCUUCAGCACGAACCGGGUCAAAGCGAAUUCUGUCUACCAGGAACUCAUCCAGGAUCGUAACCACAUGCAUAUGAACGCUACACGAUGGGUUACUCUGACUGAGUUCGUGAAACAUCUGGGCAGGAUGGGUAUUUGCAGGGUAGAGGAGACGGAGAAAGGAUGGUUUAUUGCGUGGAUCGACAACAGUCCACAGGCUCUCGCAAAACAGGAAGCUACUAUGAAGAAGGAACGCCUGACUACUUCAGAUGAGCAGCGGGAACGCCAGCUUAUUGCCGAGCAGAUCGAACGUGCAGCAGUUGAAGCUUCGACCUCCGAAUCUCCGUCACCGCCUCCGGAAGCGCAGGAGCUCAAACGAGGAGAAGGCGAGAAGGUCGUUCUGUCGCUAGCGCCCAAGACACCUUCCGCUACAUCGACCGCUGCUGCUCCCGCAACAACUGGUCUAAAGAUUAACCCCCUGAAAGUGAAACCACUGAAGCCAGCAGUCAACCCCCUCAAGGCUGGUGUGAAUCCACUUAAGCGAUCAAAUCCCCUCAAGCAAGCUGCGUCGUCGGCAUCCCCAUCUACUCCUCCCGCAGGUGACGAUAAGGUGGCUGGCAAGAAGAGGGACCUGACCGCAGCAGAAAGGCUCAUGUUCGAAGAUCAGGAGCGCAAGAAGCGGCGGAUGGAGCGCGAGGCGAGGGAACCCGUGGCGGCAUAGAGGUAGAGGCUUGAGGACAUUCGGUACGAGUUGAAACAUUGUCAUAAUUCUCGCUGUAUGCCUACUGUAAUUGCAUAUCUUUUGUGUAUCCCCAGGCUAUCAUCAUGUGAAACCGCUCUGUGCGUGUUUGUUCAAUCCCCCAGCCCUGCUCUUUGUCCGCAAAGCUGGCGCUGAGGUUAUAAAUCCUUUGGCUACCUUGGCUCAGGCUUUAUGUCCUU